AUGUGACGUCAUAUCCGAAGUGCUCAUACUGAAAAGUGAUCUUGGCGCCUGUGCUGCCUUCAAUGAUGCGUGGACAAGGAAUGGGUGGCCUUUUGUGUGUCUUUGUAAAUGUGUCUGUGUGAGCCCACGCCACGCAAAAACAACGACGGUUCCUAGCUGCGACGCCACGAAACCAGGAAGCAAUUGGAGGAAGUAUUUUUGUGGAUUUGUUCACGUUUCUAUCUUCGGCGGGAAGGCCACCUGAAGUGACACACGCUUUUUUCCCCUCAAACGUCCUCGCCUUGUGCCCUUUAGCUUGGCAAGAACCACCCCUGCAUGAGAAUGAAGGGACGGAAAGAUGCUCCUUCCGAUUGGGGCUACUUGGUGGCAAUAUGUUUCUUCAUCCUGGGAUUGGGGACGCUGCUACCAUGGAACUUCUUCAUGACUGCCUCAUUGUAUUUCCAAGAGCGCCUGAACGCGUCCAACGCCACAGGCGGCAGCGAAAACAGCAACAGCAAGUACUUCAACAGCUGUAUGACUCUCCUGUCCCAGCUGCCCUUGCUGCUCUUCACCUUGCUCAACUCCAUCCUCUACCAGAGGAUAUCCGAGGCGGUGCGCAUCGCCGGCAGCCUGGUUUUCAUCCUGUUGCUCUUCAUCUUCACCGCCGUGCUGGUGAAGGUGGACAUGGACAGUGAGCGCUUCUUCUCCGUCACCAUGGCGACCAUUUGGUUCAUCAACUCAUUUGGCGCCGUGAUGCAGGGAAGUCUCUUCGGCCUGGUGGGCAUGCUGCCCCAGAAGUACAGCGCCAUCUUCAUGAGCGGCCAAGGCCUCGCCGGCACGUUUGCCGCCAUUGCCAUGUUUUUGGCCAAUGCCAGUGGUGCGGAAUCUCGCUCGGCGGCGCUGGGCUACUUCAUCACGCCGUGCGUCGGCACCCUGGUGACACUCUUCUGCUACCUGCUCCUGCCCCGCUUGGAGUUUGCCCACUAUUACCUGAAGAGCGCCAAAUACGAGCCCGGCUUUGCCAAGGUUGAGCUGCUUACGGCGGAGAGUACGGCGGUGGACGGCGGCAAGCUCAACGGCCUCGCAAACGGCUCGGUGGCCGGCGGCCCAAACAAAGAUGGCGCCUCGGAGGAACGUGAAGGCGAGGCCCAGCGGGACAAAAGCGAGGAGGCGUUCCUGUCCGAGGCGCCGGUGGAAAAGAAGCAAGAGAAAGCCUCCCUCAUCGAGAUCUUCAAGAAGAUUUGGGUGAUGGCGUUCUGCGUGACGUUUGUGUUCACGGUCACACUGUCGGUGUUUCCCGCCAUCACCGCCGAUGUCAAGACGUCAUCCCCUGAUUUCAAGACGGUGUUAAACGGAAAUUGGGACCGUUACUUCAUCAACGUGUGCUGCUUCCUGACUUUUAACAUCAACGACUGGCUUGGCCGCACGAUCACCACGGCGAUACGAUGGCCCCGCAAGGAGUCGCGUCUCUUCCCGCUGCUGGUGGUCUCUCGCGUGGUCUUUAUCCCGCUCCUGAUGCUGUGUAACGUCCAGGAUCGCUCCUUCCUGCCCGUCUACUUCGCCUCGGACAUCGGCUUCACCGUCAUCAUGGCGCUCUUCUCCGUUUCCAGCGGAUACUUUGUUUGCCUGUCCAUGUCCUACGCUCCACAGAUGGUGGAGGCCAAGGAUGCGGAGACCGCCGGAUCCCUGAUGACCUUUUUCUUGGCUCUGGGUCUGUCCAUCGGUGCCGCGCUGUCCUUCCCACUGCGAAAGCUCGUGUAGUCUCUCGCAAAAAACGCACACUGACAAGCGCUGCUGGCUACAGCGGUGCCUUGACUUUGAGGGGUGGCCCAAAUUCCAAGAGUCGAUGAGAGCCACGGUCGCGAUGCACAUUUCGUUGCAUCUUUUAGGGCGUUUUAUCUAGAGGGGCGCAAUUCUGCCUCCCUGGCGGAAGGGGGUGUGCUGGAACAAUUGCUAGCUUAGUAGAGGAACAAAUUUAACUUAAGACUAGGUAACACUAUACAUAUAAUAGGAAUGAGUUUACUGCUUUUUUUAGUUUCUUGAAGUAUUUAUUUACUUUUUUUUUUGGUGGUUGCGGUCUUUUACAUCCUUUCAGGGAACGUGUCAAUAUUGGAUAUGGAAGGGAAUGGUUUUUGUUUCUCGUCGUUCUCCCGCAGUUUUGCAUUUGUCUACAUGAAAUUUAUCUUAUUAUUAUAUAUUUAUAUAUAUUUCUUUAGUAUCACAGAGCUGAGCCAAAUUCUCCCUCGCUUGGCCUCUGUAAAGGCGCAAUGCUGCCCUCUAGUGGAGCAUUUGAGACACCGCUCCACCCAACUUGUUUUCCACAAUUGAAACAGGUACCUUCUGCCAUUGAGUGUAAGAGCAUUUGAAUUGUUCUGUCAGGCACUAUAUGUCACUGGCAUAAAAAGAUAAACAAAGAUACAUCAAUUGUCUUGAAGACAUGAAGUUAAGAGUCCAAUUGAGUGAAAUUGGACAAUUCCCAAUCACCGCAUUAGUUAAAACUGCAAUAUUUGUGGUGUUAAUAUUUAAUAUGAAUAGCACUUUCUUUUCGCGCAGCAUCGCGUUUCUUUAUUUUUUACGUGUAUUUGCCUGCUAAGCAAUGCUUGUUUGUGUCCUUUAUAUUUCUACUGAUGCACUGUGCCUCACAUUCAGUACAUAGACUGAUGUUUUACUUGGUUUUAAUGCCUUAUAGGCCUUUCUUUUCUCCAAGUAGAACAUUACAUAUUUUAGUUUUUGGGGAGCAAGGGAGGGGGUUGCUGUCUAUUUCUGUUGAGCAAUUUAAAAGUAUGGCAAAAAAGAUCAAAACUAUGCCCGUGGGGGGGUUUUGUUGGGGGGGGGUGGGGGUUACAAUUGCCCCCCAAAAAUAUGCAUCGGUAACUAUUCUACCGUUUGCUGCAUUUCUGCUUCAGCGGUCGUGUUUGUGUACUGUACUGUACAUUUUUACCGGACCUUGUGGCUUGCACAAGUGUGACUCAUGACACAUUUGACUGUAAAUAAAGGACUUGUAAAGGUU